GAUCUUGUAUUCAUUGUAUAUAUAAUGUAUUUUAGAUGAGGAAGCCACUCAGAGCAAUGAUGCAUCAUGGAGCAUGGAUUGUUCAACAGUUCUUAGGGUCAAGACUGUACAUAUUAGCUCUCCUAUUUUAGCUGCAAAGAGUCCCUUUUUUUAUAAGUUAUUUUCUAAUGGGAUGAGAGAGUCAGAGCAACGACAUGUAACUCUGCGAAUACAUGCCUCUGAAGAAGCAGCCCUUAUGGACCUCCUUAAUUUCAUGUAUAGUAGAACCUUAUCAACAAUCACUCCUACUGCUUUGCUGGACGUGCUGAUGGCUGCUGACAAAUUUGAGGUUGCAUCAUGCAUGAGAUACUGCAGCAGGUUAUUAAGGGACUUGCCAAUGACCUGUGAGUCUGCUUUACUGUAUCUGGACCUCCCUUCCAGUGUUUUAAUGGCUGAAGCUGUGCAGCCACUGACAGAUGCUGCAAAACAAUUUCUUGCUGCACGAUACAAGGACAUAACUAAGUUUUCGGAAGAGGUUCUUCACUUGCCCUUGGCUGGUAUUGAGGCAGUAUUAUCCAGUGAUGAUCUCCAGAUAGCUUCAGAGGAUGCUGUUUAUGAUUUUGUGCUGAAGUGGGCUCGGACUCAUUAUCCAAAAUUGGAGGAACGACGAGAGGUCCUUGGCUCUCGACUCGGCCGACUAAUUCGUUUUCCAUACAUGACCUGUCGAAAGCUGAAGAAGGUUUUAACCUGCAAUGACUUUGAUCCUGAUUUUGCAUCCAAGCUUGUGCUUGAGUCUCUCUUUUUCAAGGCUGAGACACCAUACCGGCAGCGCUCUCUUGCAGCAGAGGAGGCCAAUGCAAUCCAUCGUCGCUUUGUGGAGCGGGCUUACAAGUAUCGUCCUGUGAAGGUGGUGGAGUUCGAAUUGCCUCGUCAGCAGUGUAUUGUGUACCUGGACCUUAAGCGGGAAGAGUGUGCACAUCUCUUUCCAGCUGGACGGGUUUAUUCACAGGCAUUUCACCUUGGUGGGCAGGGCUUUUUUCUAUCAGCACACUGCAAUAUGGACCAACAAAGCUCGUUUCACUGUUUUGGUUUGUUUUUGGGGAUGCAAGAGAAAGGAUCAGUUUCAUUUACUGUGGACUAUGAGUUUGCUGCAAGAACAAAGCCAUCUGAAGAAUACUUGAGCAAAUACAAAGGGAAUUACACUUUCACAGGAGGGAAGGCUGUUGGGUAUAGAAAUCUUUUUGGUGUACACUGGACAACAUUUAUGGCGGAGGACAGCCUUUUUUUUAUUAAUGGAGUUCUUCAUCUAAGGGCUGAACUUACCAUCAGGCAAUAAGUAUUUUUCACAAAAUGUUGGGUAUAGAGACCUGUUCGAUUGGUCUUUUGCUUGUCUAACGGCCCUUUGUAGAAAAUAUCAGCAGGUAUAGGUGCUUUUGGGCUAUGCACUGUAAAAACUAAAAUUUCAGAGAAAAUAAUUCAUCAUUUUACAAAUGUAUUAUUGUAU